ACGCAGAAGCUCUCACAACAUGCCCGCUCGCUUUGUAUUCGCUCACGUUACCAACCAAGGCAGCGAAAUCCGAUUCCGAGUCAGGGCAAAAAAAAGCAAGGCCGGCUUCGAAGUGAACUACUGAGCAUGCGCGUGGCUAUGUCGCUGUGAAAACAGGACGGGCAGCUGUUGUUGCUGAGCAGGAGAGGGAGAGGGAGUCAAAACAAGGGCUCUUUUUUCCUGAGAGGAAAAGACUCCAUCGAAACGCUGGUAAAGGGCCCACGUUUACAAACGGGAGCAGCCUGAAGAAGCCUCAGGUUUUGAAGUCCCUGCGGAAGCUGGACAGAGUGUGUUCUAGCCUAAUCUCCCUGGGGAGGGAGUUCCAGAGCCGAGGGGGCACCACCGAGAAGGCCCUCACUCUUGUCCCCACCAACUGUGCUUGUGACAGCGGUGGGAGUGAGAGAAGAGCUUCCCUGGCAGAUCUUAGGAUCCACACCAGUUCAUAGGGGAAAAUGUGGUUGUGAAGACAUGGGGAAGUCUUUUUCGAUGCCUUCACAUGCCUCUAAAGAGGAUGGGAUUUCAUCAUCGGACAACAUGAGGAAUGGAUUAGUUCACUCGGAAUCUCACAGUGAAGAUGGAAGAAAUGGAGAUGUGUCACAGUUUCCAUAUGUUGAGUUUACUGGAAGAGACAGUGUCACAUGCCCUACUUGUCAAGGGACAGGGAGGAUCCCUCGUGGACAGGAAAACCAGCUUGUUGCCCUGAUUCCAUACAGCGAUCAGAGGCUGAGGCCAAGAAGAACAAAGCUUUACGUGACUGCCUCUGUAAUCGUUUGCUUGCUACUUUCUGGCCUCGCAGUAUUUUUCUUAUUUCCACGAUCUAUUGAUGUGGAAUACAUCGGAGUCAAAUCAGUAUAUGUUAGUUACGAAGCACAGAGGCGCAUCAUAUAUUUAAAUAUUACGAAUACAUUGAACAUAACAAACAACAAUUAUUACUCUGUUGAAGUUGAAAACAUUACAGCCCAGGUACAGUUUUCAAAGACAGUUAUUGGAAAAGCACGAUUGAACAAUAACACCCACAUUGGACCCUUGGAUAUGAAACAGAUUGAUUAUAUGGUGCCAACUGUUAUACAAGAUGAGAUGAGUUACAUGUUUGAUUUUUGUACCCUAAUCUCUAUCAAAGUACAUAACAUAGUAGUCAUGAUGCAAGUGACUGUGACCACCUCAUAUUUUGGCCACUCUGAACAAAUAUCUCAGGAACGAUACCAAUAUGUAGACUGUGGAGGAAACACAACUUACCAGCUGGGACAGUCAGAGUAUCUAAAUGUACCUCUGCCUCCUCAGUAAAGAAGGAGAGAUAUGCCUGUGCGACAAAAGAAAAUGACUGUUGGUUCUUUCAUUUACCAUCAGAAGUUGGACUUUCAACCAUGUCUGGUACUGCUGAGGUGGAUGCAUAUACGUUAGAGCUGAAGGCUUUUAUACUUAGAGGCAUGAGCAGAAAGGAGGCAGUUUGUAUAUAUUCACACUUCAUAUUUCCUUCCUUUCUACUCCAAGUGUGUACGUAUUAUUUCAAACUGUUAACACUAAGGGAUGGGAAAACACAAAUAUACUUGUAUUUCCCUGUGGAAAUAAAGCUUCAUGACCUAUAAGUCAGUAUGCAACCAUUUCAUUGUAUACAUGACAGUGUGCCACUAACAAGCAUAUAAUGGAAUAAGCUAAUGACAUAUUUUCAGUGCUGCUGACUUAGCAUAGAUGAAGGUCUAAUCUGUUACAUGAAACCAGUGGUCAUAUUGUAGGAUUAGAAGACACGUUUGUAUCUAAUAAUUUAAAUCACAACUCUGUUAUUAAUGUUUGCAAUUAUGCUUUUAUAAGAUCCCAUUCAACUGAUGUACUUGUUAUUACAGGUUUGCUUGAGACACUGAAUACCACUUGAUUGGUUCAUAUGUGUAGGAAUGGGAAUAAGAUGAGGAGUAAAAUGCAGUGCAUUAGAGAAAAGCUUAAUUUUUGUGGAAAUUGAAACAUACUUGUUGAUCCUUAUUAAGUAGUUGGUGGCCUGUCUGCUUUUCUCAGAGCUCUUUAAAUAUGCUUUCGAUUUCUGCACAAAUUCACUUCAUAGUAAUUUGGGUCAUAUUUAACUAGACUUCUGACAGAAGCAAAUGUAAAAUGUAUUAGUUGUAGCAGAAGAACACUUCGGCACAAAUAACCAGAUGUCAGAGUUGCUGUAUAUCAGUAUUUUGUCUUUAAGAGCUUGUGUGUCUGUGGGUACAAAUAUACUUCCACAUGUUGAUCAUCAGUGAGAAUUCAUUCAAGGAACCAAUGAUCAAUUCUAGAAUUGCUGGCUUGACAACUUAUUUCUACCUUGUAUUUGGAAGGCAAAUGAUUUUGAUGAUAAAAUGACUGUAUCUGUUAUUCCUAAGAACAUUGGCAAGGGAAAUUGAAUUACCAGUCACCUGUCUAUCAUGAGUUCCCUUUUAAGGAUAUCAUUGUAGUAUUGGAAGCAGUUACUCCUUAGGAGCUCCCAUGCCGUAAUAGCUGAAUAGAGACAGGGCCUUUGGGGUAUAAUGUGGACACAAUAUUACACUGUCAUUGUUGCACUUUUUACACUAUGAACGCACUAUAUUUUGAAUUGAAUGGGAUCUAGCUAGCCAACUGGGGAAAGUCUGUUCCAUCAUAACAGCAGUCCCUCUUUGAUAGGUGACAAAGUUGUUACUAAAAAUUAUGAAAGACUAGAUGUAAUGUCAUGCAAUUUUGCAUUUUGAAGUUAAAUUGGUUUCUAUGAGAAAGAUUGUAAGCUUAAUGUGGAGAUCAGUGUAGUUUGGAAGUGUUUAGUUCUUGCUUGGAUCAUGUCCAUGUUUUGCCUAUAUCUUAUGUUUGCACUUACAAAUGUAAAUAGUCCCAGAUCCUGGGUAACAAAACUUGUAAAUUCUUACUUUUCUGUUUAAUAUUAAUGCUGAUAAUGCCCUUUGCUUGAUAGCCAUCAUUGUUACAAGCUUCGAUGGCAGAAAGAAAUCUGUUUAGGUUUAUAUAUGAAAGAUUGAGUUUCUGCAAUAUGGCAGAGUUUGUUAUUGCUAAUUGGCAUAAUGCCUAUGUAUUGAUAUGUUAGUAUUUUGCUGUGUUUCAUUUCUGGAAUUAAUUUAGCAAACUAUAAUGGGGGAAUUUCUCAUGAGAACACUUUUAAACAUUCUUUCUGCUCUGAAUAGAGAGCAUUCAUGAAUAGCCUUGUUCAAAUAAUGAGACCACUCUUGGACCAAAAUGAAAUAAGUGGAUUACAACAGACAGUGAAGCCUUAAAAUCAGGGUGGUGGGUGUUUAUUUUGUAAGUUUAUAAACAAAAAAGUAGUACGUUAUUAAUUCCAAAAGUGUCGUAUUUUCUUUAUACAAGAUGUCUUAAUCCUUUGAUCAAAAAUACUGUUUAAAAAGUUAUACAACAAAUGUAACCUAAGGACAGGAUAAAUAAAAACCUCAAAAAUAACUUUUCUCUAAUUCAUGCUGUAACAGUUUAGGUUUAAGAUAUAAAGAAAUAAAUGAUUGUCAAUGGUUGAGUCUUCUGUAGUGUCCUGCAGAAAAUGCAUGAAGUUAUACAGUAAGAUAAAGAAUAGCAGUGAAGAAUAUAAAUUGUUCAGUGCAUAAAAGUGUUAAAAACACAACCACUAUAUAAAGUAAGGUGGAAAUAAUAGUAUUUUCAAAUGAUAUGACUGAAGUGACACAAAAAGAACCUGGCACAUACAAACUCCAUAUAUCACCUACAUACCUUUAGAUAUUAUUUGUUUUAUUGAUAAUGCUGUGUUUGAAAUAAAAUAUUUUUCGAACUCAUAAACUGCUAUAAAGGUUUGAUAGUACAACAUUUUUAGGUGAAAAGUCAAGAGUUGCAGAUAAAGUGAAUAUGGAAUGGAUACAUUUUAAAGAAGGAUCCAUCCCUGAAACAAGAAGUUCCUUAAAGAAGCAUUUAAGACGAUUGUAAACUGGUUUGACUGGAAUUGAUCCAUGCAGGGUAUGAGUGUUUGGAGAAGAGAAUUUGGCGAAUGUCCCUUCAAUCUAAUUUCUAUCAUGACUUGAAAAUGAUAUGUUGCAAUUACAAUAGGAAGCUCAUUUGUUUCUUAGUUUCUGGGGAUAUAUGCAUGCAUUUUUUUCACUUUGGAAGAGCUGCCUGUGCUGUUCGAAAAACAUCCUCACUAUGGCUAUUUCUUACAUUCAGCUUUCAUUCUGGAAUAUUCCACUUUAAAUUGAUAAAAUAUGGCAGUCUGAAAUUGUACUAGGAAAGGGAAAGGAAUUAGGUAAUUCAGUGCAAAUCGUAUACGUUGAUAUUGUCUAACUAGGAAACAAUUUAAAAUUAUCCUGAAUUCAAUCACUCUACAAUCACAGUUCAUUUUUAUCUCCUUAACAAUAUACAUCUGUCUGAUAAAUUGUAAUUUCAGCACUGUUCUUGAAUUCCAUCUCACUUGUAAUAUAAGAUACCAUUGGGUUUUUUUAAAACGUGUUUUGAAGUUCUUUUAAAUGCACUUUGUGUGUAAUGUACAUAUUUCUGUACAAUUUUAUAGCUGUAUUUUGGUAUGAUUCUAAUCUAUCCUCUGAUUCAGUGAAAUAAAUCAACUGGACAUAGUUUGUAAAGAAUGAACUACUCACCACAACUCAAUUCAAAUAUAAUGCUAAACCAGAAUUUAGUGGUAUAAGAGAAAGCUGUUAUAAGAUUCCAACUAAUUUGAACUGACUGUUUUGAGAAGCUGCACUUUUUCUAAAUCAGGCUGUAAUGAAAAAUAGUCAUUUUUCAUGCAAGUGUUUUCAGCCUCUGUUUAUAUCAAUAGAAGUGGGGUGCUUGAAGUUCAUUGCAGUCUAUUCCCAUAAUGUUGACCUUUACUUUUAGCCUUAUAUUUAAAGACUCAGACCUGUUUUGGACUCUGCUGCCAAUGCAGACAUGGAGAACAUGGAGAUAAGUAACAUAGACCAGUGUAUUGAGGGUAAAAGAGCAUAGACAUUUAUGAAAAUUGUUAUAAAAUUAUUUACUUCACGAAGAUCUAUUGUGCAGGAAGAAUCAAAGUAAUAUUCUUUGCCAUCACACGUGUGUCUUGAAUGCCUUUUUUUCUUGGCAUUGUGAUUUCUAAAACUUUGCCACCACAAAUAAAAAAAAGCUGUUCCUGGUAUACAGAUGAAAUAUGCAAGGCAUAUUAUAUAAUUGUUAAUAUUAUUGAAUGUCUAUGUAUCAUUUUAUCCUUGCGUAGAUUAGACUGGGCACAGUUGUAACAGCACAGCCAUGUUCUUCAUUGUUGAAAGUAAGACAAACCAUAAUUGAUCUUAUUUCUUCAUGAAAAGUAAUAUCAUGACCUGCUUUUUAAAGAACAUGUGAAUUUACUACUAUGAGUGCUCAUUGUAUAAAAAUACAUACAAUUUAUGUAUAGAAAUAAUAAAAUAUAAGAAAUAUUUUUGUAAUUUCAGAAUGGUAAUAGCUCAUGUAAUUGUGUGGCAAACUGUAUGCAGUGUUUUGAACCAUGACAAAUAAAAGUUCUCUGUGCCAUUGUU